CCGUGUGUGCAUGCCGCUUGCUAUCACGCAACCUUGUAAAUACGUAGUCGUAGUUCGUCGGAUUAAGUUUAUCGUAGUCUUAAUUAAUUAAAAAUGUGUCUCGCUAAAGAAGAUUCACAAUCGCCGGAAAAGGAGGUUCAGUCACCUCGUUCUCCUUGGAUGAAGCUCUUGAAUCGUCAGAGCUCAAGACCAAGGCUUCCACGAAAAGUGACAAGCUCCACGCGUGUGAAUCUAAACAAGUGCUGGUCGAAGCUUGGAGAAUUGAUCUCUAACUCUUCACCUCGCACUGACCUGCCAUCGCAUAAGACUGUCUAUCCCGAAGAACCCGUUUUAGUGCCGUUCUCCGAAUACUUCUAUCCCGUGGACCCGGUCAAACCGGUUCCGGUUGAAGAUAACGACAACGCCGAAAAUCAGAAUAUCCUCAACUCUAGCCGGUUUGAACUCAUCUCAGAAGAAGAGAUCAGUGACAACAUGGCCAAUGAAGUUCGAGAAAUCUGCUACUCGGCGACCAAAACGAGCUGCUUUGUAUGUAAGCUAUGCUACUAACUUGUGCUUCUACAAAAUCACUUUCGUCUUCCAGUAAUUUUUCGAACAGUUUUAAUUUUGGUACUAAUGCAGUGAAAACAAAAUCGUGUCUUCCAAUAUUAGAUUUAGUGAGUGCUCUGGCAGCACAUCCAUGUCUUCCAUUAGUAUUAGUGACUCGUAAUUCUGGUACAUCUUUAUUCGAGUUGAUAUUGUGAUUUCAGUUUAUGUGAUCCUAGAUAUAAGCCUUAGAUAUAUUCGAGUUGAUAUUUAACAGAAAAAGAUGUACUAGAAUUUCACGUAAAUUAGUUUUUGAUAUUGUAACCAUAUAAAUUGUCCGUCAUGUUUUGGUAGACAGCUUUAAUGUCAACUGCACUGUAAUUAUCAAUGCACCGAUUUCCACCUAACUUCUUAACUAUGCUCCUUGAAGUUCAUACUUUCAAUUAUGAUACAUCUGUCGAAAGUCUUCCAUUAGUUUGUAAGGAUUUUGUCUGUGAUAUGAAGAGUACAUGAAUUGAAGCUUUAAUUAGAAUAGGAAAAAUAUAGAUUUUAUGAAAUUAUUAUAGAAUUCGGAACACUAAGUUCAAUCGAAAAGUAUUUAAACUGAAUUCGACAUCUUCCAUUGUAACUUGGAUUCAUGUUUUAAUACAAAAUUCUGCAUCAAAUGUAUUCGAUUGAUAUUAGUGUUAUCAUUUAUUGUAUAUAGUUUUAUCUUCUAAAACUAUAUAAAUUAUGAGAGCUUUAAUAGAAUUAAGGUAGUUAAGAAAAAU